CCUCUGUCUGACUCGGACUCUCUUCCACGGGAAAGUUGUUCCUCCUUCUCGGUACGGCCGUGAAUACACCGAGGACGACGAGCCCGAGAUGUUGUUGUUUUAGGCGAAAAGACGAGUUAUUAUGCGGAGCUGCGCACACAUUACGGUUUACUACAAAUAUUCUGGACUUUCAGCGGAUUUUCAAUCGCCUACAGGAUAAAAAGAAACAAAGAAAGCUUAAACGGAAAAAUACAAAGCGACGAGAUGGGAAAUAUGAUACUGAUGGCGCUUCUGCUGGUUCACCUGCCAACAGAGCUGCUGUCCAUCCAGGUGAUCGUUCCGGAGGCGGAGAGGCGCACGACCCUGUUCGCCUCCGUGAUCCUGCGCUGUGACUAUUCGACUUCAGCGAACCCUCAGGACGUCCUGGUCACGUGGAGGUACAAAUCCUUCUGCAAAGACCCGGUGCUGGAGUACUACACCACAGCCUAUCAGGCGGCUCUGCAGCUGGGUCAGGACCCCGCCAACGACUGCCCGGACCGCCAGCGCAUAGUUCGCACAGUGAUCCAGAAGAGAGGACUCAACGAACCCAUACUGGGAGCAGACUACAGAGAACGCAAAAUCACCAUCCAGAACAAGGCUGACCUGGUCAUCAAUGAGGUGAUGUGGUGGGACAACGGCGUGUAUUUCUGCAGCAUUGAUGCCGCCGGGGACACGACAGGAGAUUCAGAUCGUGAAGUAAAGCUCAUCGUGUACCACUGGCUCACAGUCCUGCUCAUCAUCCUCGGGGCUCUCCUGCUCAUCAUGCUCUUCGGUAUAUGCUGCUGCCAGUGCUGCCCGCAGAAGUGUUGCUGCUAUGUGCGCUGCCCAUGUUGCCCUCGGACAUGCUGCUGCCCGGAAAAAGCUGUGAUGCAGCACAAAAUGAUAAAAGAGGCUCAGAAGGCCAUGGCUCCUUGGAUGAAUGGUCAACCCAUUUACGCUCCCAUUAGCUCCCAUGCUUCCUCCCAGGGCGUCCCCAUACUCUAUUCAGGCUCAUACGGAGACUAUCCAACCAAAGAAAACUUUGCCAUGGCUCCCAUGCCGCUGUCACCCAUGGCCUUCCAGCAGCAGCAGCAGCAGCAGCAGCCCCCUCCUCCUCCUCCUCCUCAUCACCAACACCACUACCAACGUGCCAACAGCAGCGUGCGAAGCAGCAUUCAAGGUACCAACCAGAUGUUGGACUAUCUGGAAAACCAGGUGAGGGUGCUGGACUCCGGGCCACUUCAAAUGGCUCCACAUACUGUCCAAAAUAUGCACCCAUUGCUGCAUCAACCUCAGCCUCAUCAUCAGUCUCAGCCCCCUCCUCAAGCAGUCCCCUACACACCAGGGCCUCCUAGUAUGCUGUCUGCUCUGGAUGAGAUGGGGGUGAGAGGGGUGGAGAGAAGGGUGAUCACCCUGCCUCCUAUUAUCCACCGGGGAACCGGUUUUUCCACACGUAGAGACCCCGGUGGUGGAGAUGGAGGCAGGGGGGCCCCCAGGGUGUCAAGCCAGUCAAGCGGGAGCACCAGCCGCUCAGGGGGACCCCUCCUCCCUCGGAGCGGGUACAGCCAGGGGUACAGAGAGAGAGAUGUCCCUUCUCCGAGACGGGGGAUCCUGCGCGAAUACAGCGACGACUCGGAUUGGGACAACAGACGGGGAAGAGCAUCACACAGGGAUUCAAGGAAUGACAGAAGAGGCUCGUCCCGGAGGAGGGAAGGUGGGUCCAGGCCCCGCGCUCGAAGCCGCGACGACCUGAUGGAUGAGCUACGCGGCCGAGGAGCUCGGAGGGAGAGGAGCUACUCUCCUCCUCCACACCGCAAAGGGUCCUGGAGCUCAGACGAAGAGGACAGCAGGAAAGGGAAUGGAGGCAAAGGGAAGGACUGGCCAGAGAAGCCCCCGAGCUACUACUCAAUCGAUAACCGGGAGAACUACAACCGCUUUUCUGAUAGAGGCUCGUAUAGCAGCACCAGCGUAGUCAUCUGAAACAUUUCUAUCGCUUCACCUUUUCCUGAAUGUUUCCACAACGGUGAAAAUGAAGACAAAGAAUAUAGGAACCUUAAUCUGUUCAGUCGGCUGAAAGGGUUAAGGUGUUGUUGUGGAAUUUGAUAUUGAAAAUGUACUGUAUUAGAAAUAGUUGUACUUUGUAUGCACUGUGUGUCAUGUGUAAAUACAUGUUUGUGUCUGAAGGAAAAAUAACUCGGCUAAGGCUGCACAUUAUGUUCAGUUAUAUCAAGUCUGGUCUUUUAUUGCUCAGAGAAUUAAUGUGUGUGAUGUGUCGUUGUGAUGUUGAAUGAGUUUAACAAGCUGAUUGUUGAAUACUGUGAUUUUGCAGGGUGUUUGUCAUUGUGAAUAUAUUACAUAUUAUUUACAUAAACACAUGUGCAUUUGUUUUUGUUUCUUUUUACAGUAAUUCUUUCAUUUUUAUAUAAUUUCCUGCAUUAUUUAAAGUAUUUUUUUUUAAUGUAUAUAUUCAUCCAUCCAUCCAUAAGGCAGCAACACAUUUUGGACAUUUCGGGAGCUGGAUGCGCAAAACCAAAACAGAAAUGUCUACAUGAAUAAAGAUGUACUGUCAUGUAUUUUUAAUAAAACAAAAAAAUAAAAUAAUUUUUUUUAAAUACA